UGUUCCUCCUCUCUCACUUUCCCUCUCCCCACCACCCCACCAUCAACACCACCACAACCUUCUCUGCGCUUUCUUUUGGCGAUGAGGAGCAUCUUCUUGUAUGUUUGGAUCACCUCAUUGUGUUUUUUCCGCCUUGCAGCAGCUGCAGCGGCGUGCGGUGAGGUGGGGGAGGGUGGCUCACGCACACCAUCGAGAGCUUGCUCCAGCAACCAACAACACCAGAUUGACACGGCACGCACGCCAACAGCAGGUAAUCCAUCCCAGACGACGAGCUUGCUCUCCAUGGGGAGCUGGCAACUCUGGCAUCUCCGGUCGCUGUAGAAUAACCUCUGCUGAGGCUCCCGACCGCCAGCCACCCCACCAACGCGACAGCGGCGAAAGUAAGCUUCGCUACGCCCACACUCUACCAGCUCAGAGUUGCGCUCGAUUGUCAUCCAGUAACUCAAGGGUCACUCAUGGCUUCGAAGCAGCUAAGACUUCAAGGCUUCUUGGUCUGACUCGUGAACGUGAAGACGCGCCGCCACAUUGCGUGGUCUUUCAGAGUAAGGGCUUGAGUCGGCGACGAGUACUUGAUGACUGUUCUCUGACCGGGCAAGUAUUUCCGCUUGGUUUCGUCCCGCCAGCUAAUAUGUCCGCAUAUGUGUCCAUGUCUUGAGACCUUCACAGCCUCUCGGCAAGGUUGACUUCGGUCCUCGGUCGCGACGAAGGGCACCUCCAACUGAACCGGCAAGGCUUCCUGAAUGCCUGGUCUGGGAACUGAGAGGCCCAGAGCAAACAUUGGACAACACACCCCGAGAUUUGGGUUGCGCAGCAUGAGUGUUACCAGCUUGGUUGUGGACGACAAUGACAUACUGAUAUGAUCGUUUCCGGCAAAGGGGCGAGCUAUGGCGACACUCUCCAGAGUGUUGAGAGUAAUUUGGAAUUCUUCGUUCAUGAACAAGGCAAGCCCUUCCUCUGCAAUAUCUCUUACUGACGUUUGAACUAGGUUUCCAUCGGGUGAGCGGUCGGUGGGAUAUCAUAUCGCUUCUCAACAAUCAAGUAAUGAACCAUAGGACCUUCUCCCAAUG